GCGAGUCUUUGUAACCUUCUCUAUGCCAGAGCUGAGGUAGUGUGAAAGCGGCAGUGCAGCCCUCUGCUCCCUUCAGAGAACAGCCUGGUGUUGAGCUCCCCGUUCCACUGGCUGCUGCUGUCACCGCAGGGGAGUCUAGCCCCUCCCAGAAGGAGACACAGAAGAAUGGCCAUCUCAACUGGUUUGUUCCUGCUGCUGGGGCUCCUUGGCCAGCCCUGGGCAGGGUCUGCUGCUGAUUCCCAGGCUGUGGUGUGCGAGGGAACUGCCUGCUAUACAGCCCAUUGGGGCAAGCUGAGUGCCGCUGAAGCCCAGCAUCGCUGCAAUGAGAAUGGAGGCAAUCUUGCCACCGUGAAGAGCGAGGAGGAGGCCAGGCAUGUCCAGCAUGCUCUGGCUCAGCUCCUGAAGACUAAGGCACACUUGGAAGCGAAGAUGGGCAAAUUCUGGAUCGGGCUCCAGCGAGAGAAGGGCAACUGUACGUACCAUGAUUUGCCAAUGAGGGGCUUCAGCUGGGUGGGUGGUGGAGAGGACACAGUUUAUUCAAACUGGUACAAAGCGAGCAAGAGCUCCUGUAUCUCUAAACGCUGCGUGUCCCUGAUACUGGACCUGUCCUUGACACCUCACCCCAGCCAUCUGCCCAAGUGGCACGAGAGUCCCUGUGGGACCCCCGAUGCUCCAGGUAACAGCAUUGAAGGUUUCCUGUGCAAAUUCAACUUCAAAGGCAUGUGCAGGCCACUGGCGCUGGGUGGUCCAGGGCGGGUGACCUAUACCACCCCCUUCCAGGCCACCACCUCCUCUCUGGAGGCUGUGCCCUUUGCCUCUGUAGCCAAUGUAGCUUGUGGGGAUGAAGCUAAGACUGAGACCCAUUAUCUCCUAUGCAAUGAAAAGACUCCAGGAAUAUUCCAUUGGGGCAGCUCAGGCCCUCUCUGUGUCAGCCCCAACUUUGGUUGCAGUUUCAACAACGGGGGCUGCCAGCAGGAUUGCUUCGAAGGUGGCGAUGGCUCCUUCCGCUGUGGCUGCCGGCCUGGAUUCCGGCUGCUGGAUGACCUAGUAACUUGCGCCUCCAGGAACCCCUGCAGCUCAAACCCGUGCACAGGAGGUGGCAUGUGUCAUUCUGUACCACUCAGUGAAAACUACACAUGCCGUUGCCCCAGCGGCUACCAGCUGGACUCUAGCCAAGUGCACUGUGUGGAUGUAGAUGAGUGCCAGGACUCGCCCUGUGCCCAGGAAUGUGUCAACACUCUAGGGGGGUUCCACUGUGAAUGCUGGGUGGGCUACCAGCCCAGUGGCCCCAAGGAGGAGGCCUGUGAAGAUGUGGAUGAGUGUGCUGCUGCCUACUCGCCCUGUGCCCAGGGCUGCACCAACACUGAUGGCUCUUUCUACUGCUCCUGUAAAGAGGGCUAUAUUGUGUCUGGGGAAGACGGUACCCAGUGUGAGGAUAUGGAUGAGUGUUCAGAUGCAAGGGGCAAUCCGUGUGAUUCCCUGUGCUUCAACACAGAUGGUUCCUUCAGGUGUGGCUGCCCGACAGGCUGGGAGCUGGCUCUCAAUGGGGUCUUUUGUACCAGGGGCACUGUGUUUUCUGAACUACCAUCCAGGCCUCCCCAAAAGGAGGACAAAGAGGACAGAAAGGAGAGUACUGUGCCUCCUACCGAAAUACCCAGUUCUCCCAGUGGCUCUAAGGAUGUCUCCAACAGAGCACAGACAACCGGUCUCUCCAUCCAAACGGAUAUUCCCACUGCCUCUGUUCCACUAGAAAUAGAAAUCCCCAGUGAAGUAUCUGACGUCUGGUUCGAGUUGGGCACAUACCACCCCACGACCUCUGGUCACAGCAAGCCGACGCAUGAAGAUUCUGUGUCCGCACACAGUGACACCGAUGGGCAGAACCUGCUUCUGUUUUACAUCCUGGGCACAGUGGUGGCCAUCUCACUCUUGCUGGCGCUGGCCCUAGGGAUUCUCAUUUAUCAUAAACGGAGAGCCAAGAAGGAGGAGAUAAAAGAGAAGAAGCCCCAGAAUGCAGCCGACAGCUAUUCCUGGGUUCCAGAGCGAGCAGAGAGCCAAGCCCCGGAGAAUCAGUACAGCCCAACACCAGGGACAGACUGCUGAAGACUAUGUGGCCAUAGGAACAGUCAGUUGCCACUACCUUCAGAGCUACCUUCUUAGAUGAGGGGGGAGCCACAUCAUUCUGAAAGACUGGACUGGACUCUCAGCAAAAAUUGUGCACCUUCCUCUUAAGAUCCUGGUGACUUGGGAUGGGCAGGUAUUUUCUUGGUGCCUUUGAUAUGUCUGGGGGUGAAAGCUGUGUGUUGGUUUGUCAUUGUGGGGAGUUUUGUGGCUAUUGACAGGCCUCACUCAAACACCCUUUUCAAAUCUAAAAGCAACUGGUUCCUCUGGUUCCUAAUCAGGGUGAAAGGAGUCAGAGGGGGUGGGACAGGGUGGGGGGGGAAUGGGGCUUCAAAGUUUUUUCUUAUCACUUGAUUCAUCAGAGAAGGAGUUACUGGUGCUAAUUACAAUGGAAACAGUUCCUGUCCUUCACAGGACAGAAAGCAAACCAAUGAAACUAAGUAACCAGGGAAGAGUGCUCUACCCUUCCUAUAGGGACUUUUCAGGAUGGCUGCCUUUGUGUACAUUUGCCUUCUGGCAUUUCCCCUCCACCCCUAUCCCCAAUCCCAACCCCCUCUGUAUUGUUGAAACUGUCAGAAUGAGAGGAAGUUCAACCAACUGCUUAGGGAGCAAGCAGGCAGGAAGUUUAGACAUUGGAUCCCCUCACUCUUAACUUUCUGAUAGCCUUGGGUUUAUGGGCAAGCAAAGUUGCAAGUUGGGAAGUUGCUUCCAGUGAGUGAGAGGUCUUGGUAAAAGCAUAGUCCAGAGGGAGGCAGGAGGGGAUUGUUUUAACAGGUAUUUGAAUGAAAAUAUCAGAAUGAAUGGAUGCUAACACACACUUGAUUUUUGAGGAACAAUAACAAAACUCCUAGAUUCAUUUGUCUUUGAGCUAGCACAGGCCCCUACUCCAGGGCACCCUGUCUACCUUUACAUUGUCCCUAACUGGAAGCUGGGACUGUAGGCUCAGAGAGCCUCAGGAUGCUUUCAUUCUGAACAUAAGGAAAGGAUGUGUGAGCCAGGUGAUGGGCUCUGUUUUAAAUACUCCCAUUUAAGUUUACCUUAGUCCACUUCACAGUUAAAAGUACAUCUGGAGGACGUGAGCACUAUCUUGUUGGCGUGACACAUACCAAACCAAGGAUUAGUCAUGAAGAAGGUUCUCGCUCUUUUUAUUUUCCUUAAAAAAAAAAAAAAAAAAAAAAAAAAGGAGAUGGAGGGGAAAGGGAAAGAGAGAACAGCUAAAAAAUGUCCAACUGUUAAAACUGCUUAGAGACAGCUUAUGAUUGACAUGUUUAUUUCAGUGUCCAUUUGCAAAAGUGUCCCUUCAACUUGCUGCGGGUAAUGGUGUUCUCCAUCGUGAGAUUCAGGGUCUUUGUUCUCAGACUAGAGAACUUUGGCUUCUAGGAUCAAAAGCAAUCAUCCCUCAAGUUGAUAUCCAGGAACCGAAGAUUAAUAACAAGCAGAUCCAAGACCUUUGGGAAUCCUUAGAGAAGUAUGUUAUGGUAUAUUAUGGAAAUAACUUUUUUUGGCCAAUUUAAAAUGAAGAUAUUUUCAUUAGUCAGUCUCUCUCAUCUCUCUCUCUCUCUCUCUCUCUCUC